UUGCCUCCCAGAGCGGACAUUUUGUUUGCUUUUGGAUUAACCUACCAGGUUGGUCCAUCUCGCAGAGAGGUGACACGAGAGGGGAAACACUGGAGGAGGCGUUGUCUCCCCUGAGCUGAGGCGGGCCUGAGGGUCGCGUCCUCGCACCCGCCGAUCGUUAAUGACCCUCUCCUCUCCCUGCGCCUUCUCGGGUCCGCAGGUUCGGGUGGAGGCGGCCCCACUGACGGACGAGGCGCAGGUUCCCACGAACUCAGAAGUAACUAUGGACCCUGUGCAGGGGCAGGUGAACUUUGAGGACGUGGCCGUGUACUUCUCCCGGGAGGAGUGGGGGCUCCUUGAUGAGGCUCAGAGGCUCCUGUACCGCGAUGUGAUGCUGGAGAACUUGGCACUUACGGCCUCACUGGGAUAUGAAUCUUCCAUGUCCCUCGGGGUUGCCUCACUGGAGCUGGGCGGCGAGCCCUGGGUAUCUGACUGGGCAGACGUUACUCCAGCCAGGACCAGAGAGGCUCAGGGUUCUUGGCAUGGAACGGAGGACGAGAAGACAGCUUUUGAGCAGAACAUUUCUGUGGGUGUGUCACAGGUCAGAACUCCCAAGGCAGUCCCUUCUACCCAGAAGGCCCACCCCUGUGAGACUUGUGGCCCACUCUUGAAAGACAUUUUGCACUUGGCUGAGCCCCAGGGAACACACCCUGGGCAGAAAUCAUACACAUGUGGGGCAUGUGGGAAACAGUUCUGGUUCAGUGCAAACCUUCAGCACCAGAAGCAGCACAGUGGAGGGGAACCCUUCAGAGGGAACGAGGGCAGCACCUUGCUUGUGAACAGCUGCCCUGUCGAACCAUUGGAGAUGCCUUUUAUGACCGGGAAGGGUUAUAAGGACUUCCCAACUAGCUCAAGCAUUUUCCAGCACCGUGCCCCUCAUAGCAGUUGGAAGCCAAACGGUAACGCCAAAUGUGUGGAGGCCUUUCACAGUGGACAGAGGCAUUACGAGUGCAGCGAAUGUGGGAAGGUCUUCAGCCGCAAAGACUCACUUGUCCAGCAUCAGAGAGUCCACACUGGAGAAAGGCCUUAUGAGUGCAGCGAAUGUGGGAAAACCUUCAGCCGCAAACCCAUCCUUGCUCAGCACCAGAGAAUCCACACUGGAGAAAUGCCAUAUGAGUGUGGCAUAUGUGGGAAAGUUUUCAAUCAUAGCUCCAACCUUAUUGUACACCAGAGAGUCCACACCGGAGCAAGGCCUUACAAGUGCAGCGAGUGUGGGAAAGCCUACAGCCACAAAUCCACACUUGUUCAGCAUGAGAGCAUACACACUGGAGAAAGGCCUUACGAGUGCAGCGAAUGUGGGAAAUACUUUGGUCACAAAUACAGACUCAUUAAACACUGGAGCGUCCAUACUGGGGCAAGGCCCUAUGAGUGCAUUGCCUGCGGGAAGUUCUUUAGCCAGAGCUCUGACCUUAUUGCGCACCAGAGAGUUCACAAUGGUGAAAAGCCCUAUGUGUGCAGCGACUGUGGAAAAGCCUUUAGCCACAAACAUGUACUUGUUCAGCAUCAUAGAAUUCACACUGGAGAAAGGCCAUAUAAGUGCAGUGAGUGCGGGAAGGCCUUCAGGCAAAGAGCUUCCCUCAUCCGACAUUGGAAAGUUCACACUGGAGAAAGGCCUUAGUAUAGUAGGGAGUAUACCGUUCCCUUGUGCAACAUAGCAACUGACACUAAAGAGAAGCUCUGAGAUUAGCCUUCCGUGAGUAGCCAUCAGCUGGAAGUUGAACCUCAUACGUUUAAACAUCCACCCUGGGGAGGUUGAGUCAGAAGCUUUCUGGUGCAGUGUUGUACUUCAUAACAUGCCCAGGACCUUUGCCAGAAUUCUGUGGCCACCAGUGUCUCUGAAGAAAAACCAGCCAUGUAUGGAAGGGCAGAGUCCCACAUUGCACAAGUCACCCCGACGUGCUCUAAUAGGCAGAUCUCUGCUGCUCCUCCCUUUCCAAGAGGGAAUCAUCAGUAGGAGAGCCCAUUAAAAAUCCUCACUCCUUCCUGCCUUUGCCUCCAUCAGCUGGUUUAAGCAAGGACAUGACUCAGUUUUGGCCAUAAGCUUGCAAGCUUUGUUCUGCUGGCUGUUUGCAGAGAGGGUUUCCGUUUUUCAUGGACUUUGUUAGUCCCAUUUUGCACUUAACGAUGGAUUUAUCCAGUCUCCAAGUCACCUACUUUGGGACUUGCCUGCCUCACACUGUUCUGUUUUUGCAAGCAAUACCUUAGUUUUCCAACUACCUUUAGUCUUGGGGACUCUGUUCAUUCUGUGGGUUGUACUGAGAACAGGAUUGGGCUCUGCCGGCAUGAAGGGAGGAACAGGUUUUGUGAGAACUCCAAAUGUUGCGUCUCCGUAGUGGUAGCAGAAUGGCAAAGAACAGCUCUCGUUUUAGUUUUAGUCUAACUUGCAUCACUGCUCAAGGCUGUCUAUGAAAGAAUACUGAUCUUGGUGGGUCUAAUAUUUUGGCCUGUAUUCCAAGAUUAUUUGUGUGAUCAAGGUCACCCCGAGUAGUGGGCAGUUGUUGUGACAGUCUCUGGUGUUCUGGGAGCAGUUUGAAUUGAUUCCCUUGUUCCAGAGGGAUGUUUCAUGUUCCCAUAUUUUCUUGAGGAGAACUUGGCCCCUUGAGACCUGCGAAUGGCCCUGAAAUCUAUUAGUAGGAAGAUGUCCCUGUCCCCUAAAAAGACUAGGUAGGAAUCCUGAUUGGUACGGGGACACUGAUUAAUAGGGAAUUGGGAGCAAACUGUAGGGAAUGUGACUCUUGUAAAGGUACAUCCGCAUGUUUCCAUCACUGUGGCUUCGGUACGAAGGCUUACGGAAAUUCUCAGGAUUCCCGUAUUUGUGUCUCUUACGGCUACUGUCACUGUCAGCAACCUACAUUUUCUGCAAUAAACUGUACUUACUUAUAGUAUACAAUUCGGUUAGUUUUGAUAACAUGUUUGCACCUGUGAAAGCAAAGUUUUCUGAUUUGCCCUCCAAUCCCUCUCCUCCUUACCCAUUCCUAGGCAACCACCCAUCUUUCUGUCAAUGCAGAUUUUAUUUCCUAGGAUUUUAUAUGGAAAAAUAUACGUCUACAGGUAACACUUUAAUAUGUGCUCUUGUGUAUAUGGCUUUAUUUAACUCUGCAUAAUUAUUUUUGUCGUUCAUUAGUCUUUUUCUAGAAGUAAUUUUUUUCUUUUUCAGGAAAUGACUUAUUCUAUAGGUAACACAGACUAAUCCUGGUAUAAGUAGAAGGGGGCCCCUUGACAGAAUACAAGGAGGUAGGGAUUUCGGAGUCUCUUGUAUGUUGGUUACCACAAUCAUAGUGGUUUUUUUCUUUACAUUUUUAGUCUUUUAAUGAUUAAUUACAUUGACUAAUUUUCAAAAGCUGAACCCACUUUACAUUUCUGCAGUGAGCCCCAUUUGGUCACAAUGUAUUCUUUUUAUGUAUUGUUGCGUUUAUUUGUUGGGUUUCUCUUCGUAAGGAUUUUUGCAUCUAUGCUCAUGAGGGAUGUUAGUCUCUAAUUUUCCCUAAUGCCUGGGUUUAGUUGGUAUCACCAUAAUGCUGCCUUUACACAUUAAGUUGGUUAAGUAUUCCCUGAUUUUUAAUUUUCUGGAACAGUUUUUGAAGAAUUGGUAUUGUUUCUUUCUUUUGUAGAAUUCACCAGAGAAUUAACCGGGCCUGGAGUUUAUGGGAAGGUUUACAACUACAAAUUUAAUUUUCAUAGUGGAUAUAGAUCUAUAGAAAUUACCUUUUUGCCCCUAGAGUGAGCUUUAGUGAUUUGUGUCAUUCAAGGAAUUCAGUUUAUUCAAGUAGUCAAACCUUUCAAACUAUUCUCAUUAUUUUAGUACCUGUAGAAUCUUAAGUGAUGCCACCUGUCUUACUCCUAUGUUAACCUUAAAAAUAAAACUUCUAGUUAUUUUACCAGCAGAAAAUGGGUUUAUUUAGGAAUAGCUCAGAAUUGCAAUCCAGGACGAGCAAGUUGCAGCAAAACCAUGGGCAAGUCUAGAGAACAGAGAUGAGAAAUGCUUUUUUUUUUAUUGAGGAAAGGGAAGUUGGGAAGAGCUUUUAUACACUGAAAGACCAUUGGAGUAAACUGCAAGUUGUAAGUAUAGUGGCUUCUCACUGGCUGAGCUGUUGCCAUCUCUCAUUGGCUGGGUUGUUGCCGGGGAGGAAGAGAUCUUCCGCCUGCUGGGAUCACGAAGUCGCGUGGGCUCAAGCUUAGUGGAUUUUGCCAAUAUCAGUUGAGGAUCUUGCCCAUAAAGAGGGUGGUAGCUGAUACAAUAGGAACAAAACGAUUAGCUCUCCAUAGUCUGCUAUAGUGCUGUCAGAGACAACGAAUAAAAGAUGUCACAUGGUCUCUUAA